UGCAAAUAGAAGCAUGGUCCAUUUGACUUUGUCCGGAUCCUAUCCCAUAGAUAUGUACGAGAGCGUAGAUGACAAGUCGUCGAAAGCUCAAUCCCAGACAAGUUGCAUCUCUAAUCUGCAAUCUCGUCCCUUUUCAUUAUUAAGCGCAUACUUGGAAGAUUGGUUUUCCGUUAGAACUCGCUAUUACAAGAGGAUCGCGUUAUUUGCAACUGUUUCCGCCGAUGUCGAGCGAAAAAACUGACGGGGUAAAGGAAUGAGUAAACGCGCCAGAACGAGAGACAGAAAUCGAUUGACUGCUAUCGAGUAAGAAGGAGAUGACAUAGAUCACGGCCAAAGUAUGCUAGUGCACUGGGAUUCAACGAUGCAUUAGGUCGAGGAGAAAAAAAAAGAAAAAAACAGACUCGGAAUUGUAUCGUGAAAAAGAAGGGGCCUACGUAUCGCAAAGGGUUGAGCUGAACGAAGAGGAGAGCGAGAAAAAGAGAAAGAGGGGCUCGCACAAGGGAGAAAGGAUCGCAUUGGAAGAGGAUCGAAGGAAAGCACGGAGACUGCGUGAGAGCGGGAAAAGCGUAGCGGUUGGGGGUGAGGCGGAAAAGCGAUAGAACGAGGCUGGUCGAGAGAGAGAGGGGGUAGAGAUCGGAAAGAGACAGAGGACGGAGGGUUCGUUUGCCGAGCUCAGUUACGCCGCGCCCCUUGCGAUGAGCGUUACACCACACGGGUGAGAUCGUAGUGUCUUCUCGACAAAGAGAGAGAGAGAGAUCACUCUUUUCUCCUUCGUUAUCGCUUUCCUCCUUUUUUUCGCGAUGGUGAGAAAAGCGCACGGCGCGGCCGACGCGAGGAAAAACAUAGGGAAAAGAAUUCCGUGAGAAAACAGGUAGCACGUUGGAGAGGUGCACGUGUUUCUCUAUCGAAGAAUUAACACCCGAUGUUACUGACGCUUGGUGUCGUCGUACAAAAUCUCUAUCGAUCAAGGACGCUGGAUGUCAUUAAUUCGCGCAUGAAUAUUUAGCGUAAGAAAGAUAGAAGGAAAUUCGCGAGGCUCGGAUCUUCACGCGUGGAAAAGUGUUUGUUAUGUUUAUUACACGAGAGUAAACUACUCGAGAAAUGAUGUGAUAUUGAUGGAUUGUAUUCAAUUUUUCGAUUUGUGUAUAAUAGGAAUAAUAAUGUGAUUUUUAAUUAAUCGAAUGGUGAUGGAGUGACGGCCAUAUUCGUUUACUCGAAAAACAUUCGCCGACGUCUUAAUCAAAGUAACUCGAGCGUGAACUGUCGCGAAUCGUCAUUUGCAAAAUGAGACUUGGACAUCUACUUGCUCAGAUUUGAAGCUAAUUUAAAUUAUCGAUGACGGAAGAAUGCAAUAAUAUAGGAGCGGUGGCAAAGUUUUAAUAGAUAAAAUACUUUCGGAAGAAAUACGAACAUGAUUGAGUGAUCGAUACGUGAUUUCGUUUAAAAAGUUUCUCGUUUGCGGAUAUAAAGGUAUGAAGUAGCCGAAACUUUCAAAAACUUUGAAAACUCUCUAUUGGUCAUAUCAAUUUGAAUCGGGUGAAACGAAAUUAAGGAGCGGUUCAAUUUUGAGACCAACUGUCAAAGUUCAAUGGAAUGAGGUGUUACAUUUCACCGCGCAAGGAUCUUGAGGGACAUCCGGGCAAGCUCCGCAGCAUCCAGCAUGCAAUGACAACAAUGUCGAGGCCUUGGUACAUGGGCCGCAGCAGCGGGAACAGAUAAGGCAGCGAGCAGUCAUGUGUAGUGUCAUGUGGCUCCUUUGGCUGCUGACGAUCUACCGCCUGGCUCAUCUCUCGGCAUCCGGUACUCACACAGAAUUGCCUCUGGCGACGGACUCGAUUUCUACGAAAUCGACGACGGCGGCGAAGCGAUCUGUGCCGACGGAUGCACCAAUGCUAAAUUACAUCUUCGACUCGCACAGCACCCUGAACAAGCAUCAGCAUCAUCACGACCACAAAUGGGGCCCUCACUUCGAAGGCGAGAGCUCCAAUAUUACGGUGCAGGCUGGCGCCAGUGUCACUUUCGACUGUAGGAUAUCGUUGCUGCAGGACAAAACAGUAUCCUGGGUGCGACGACAGGAGAGUGGCGAGAAGAUGAGUCUGCUGACAGUGGGUCAGCAAACAUAUACGGGUGAUUCGAGGUACACCAUCGAAUUUCAGUAUCCAGACAACUGGCGUCUACGUAUCAAGCGUGUUAAUAGCAGCGACGAGGGCCAAUACGAGUGUCAGAUCAGCACCCAUCCGCCUAAAUUCAUUUACGUUAAUCUACACAUUAACGCACCGUCCGUCCAAAUAGUGGACGCUCUAGGUGAACCAUUGCGGGAUAAAUACUACGAGGCCGAUAGCACCAUCGAACUACAAUGCGUCGUCCGUCAUAUAGCGAUGCAAGUGCAAUACAGCGUCGUCCAGUGGCUUCACGGCAACAGAAUCUUGAACUACGACACGACGAGGGGCGGCAUCAGCGUCAAAACAGAUCUGAUGGAAGAGGGGGCCAAUUCGACUCUCAGCAUAGCUAAGGUCGGACCUACGGACAGCGGAAACUAUACGUGCCAGCUUACCACCCUGCCGGACCAACCCGCGACGGUUCAUGUGCACGUUUUAAACGGAGAAAGUUUAGCCGAGCUACAUCAUAGUGGCGCACAAACAGGUGCCACUAGCUCGUCGCUAUUCUUCCUGGCUGUCGCUAUCCUCGCUCGAUCAAGCCAGGUGCUUAGAUGAAGGCUUGAUCGGCUCCCACGCGAGUUUCGCGAGAACCUCGAGCUGGCGAGAAGCACCCCGUGCGACGAUGACAAAGAGAGACGGUGCUUCAACGUGCCGAAAGCCAACGACCCGAGAGUUGCCGCUUGAACUUUCGUGCGCGAACUUUUCUAUCGUCGUGUGAAGGGGUGGAAAAGAGGUGAAAGGCCAAAAAAAGAGAGAAAGAGGAAGUGUGUUACGUUUAACAUAUUGUGCAUUGACAUAAAAGAAACGGGGAGACGGUUGGCUGCGUUCUCUCUCGGAACACUUUAAGAUGUAUUUACAUUUGUCCGUUCCAUAUCCGGCAAGAACAGAUAUGAUUAUUUACACAUAUCCGGAUCGCAUCCGUGAAUUUUUCGUAACAGCCGCGUAAUUCUGUGAUCAUGACAGAAGCAAAAUUGUGCGAUUCAACAACCUGAACGCUAUACGUAUUUAUAUACACAGUAAAAACUAAAAUGUUAAUUAUAACAUUUUCACAUGUCCCAGAAA